AUGUCGGGACGGCCCGAAGCACCUGCGGUACUUGGCUGCAGGCAGGCGUGCGGCGACCUUCCAGGGCGCGCUAGCCGAGUGGCCACGUGUGCGGCAGCGGCUGGGGACGGCUACGAGCGAUGGGUUACCUGGAGACGCACGCGGGCGGGGGAACCUUGCAGGAAGGCGGUGCUCGCGUUGGCGGUCGACGCCCUCCGCAGGGUCCCCACGGAGUUCCGCUUGGGCAACCGCCCGGCGGUCGUGGGCGCGGAGAAGCAGCUGACAGCUUCGCCGGGCGGCGGCCAGCGUUCGCGGUCGUGGCGACGGAACCCCAUAUCGCGAACCCAGACUACGCGAGGUACUAGGUACUACGUGGGCGUCCGCUGUAUCAAGGACUUGGCGUCGCUGCGCUUCGACGACGUCAGGUGGGUCGACGAAAUCCAGUUGAGCACGCGGGUGGCGCCUCAGGCUGGCGCGGACCAAGACUUCGGGGCCGGGGCAUAUUAUCAUCAGGCUUUCUACGCACACGUGAGCAUAGUCGUUUUCCACUGGAUGAAGAUUUGGCUGGGGCUAUGGAUUGUCCUGAGGUCCAGCUGCUCGGACUUGAAGCACUUCAUCCCGAGGCUGGUGGCGGUAACUGGCCUGCGAGAAGUCGCGCACCUCUACGGGGGCUUCUUGCUCGACCUCGGCAGCCUCGCGGGGUCUGCGCCAGGGACCUUCGCCCCCGGAGCGCUGCGGUGCGCGCGGGAGCUGCUGGGCCGCGGCAAGAAGGUGGCUGUCGUGGCCGGCACCCCUUCGCGGGCUUCCACCGUUGCUGCUUCUGUCCGACGAGGCGGCAUGCCCGCGGGAGUCCAGGCCUGGUCCUCGGGGGAGCUCGUGUGCAGGGCCCUCGCGGGGCCUGCGAAGGGGCACGCGGGGUCGCUGGACCAGGUCCUCGGCAGGUUCGAGGGCCGCCCACCUCGCGUGUUCGAGCUCAGCUCGGUGGCGAAACCUCGGAGGUGGUCGGACUUCUCGAAUCGAGGCCCCACCCCGAUG